AUGGAAGCACGUGACAAUAGUUUUGAUCUUGACAUAAUACACAAAUCAAAUACCAAACGGCUGCACUUAUAUAGACAGCACUCAUUACCAGAACAACAACCACAAGCAGAACCAAACCCAGAAAUACAUCCACAUCACACAAAACACUCAUUCCUACCCAGACAAAGCAGCGACCAGUGGCUGUCAUCCUCGUCGUUCUCCCUGUCGCAUGUGCCACAAAGGCCACGCGAACACUUCCCAUUGCGACACCAGCCACUGUCCUAUCCACAGGCACGUCCACGUCCACAAUCGCACUCUUACACAAGUCGCCACUACACAAGCCCCUCCUCCUUCAUAUCGACUGCAGCAUCGGAACUAAAUAACAAGGAUACGUACCAGAACACCUCAUUCGUCAAUCCGCCACCGAACAACACGAACAUCAAUAUGAACACGAACAGAAGCAUCAAUAGGCAUAGCAACAGAAACCGACCCAUAAGCAGCCACUCCAACCUAAAAGUACUGGACAACGAUUGGUCAACGUCAUCAUCCUUCACGAAGAUCGAGGCAGUCACGCAUGCAAUACGUAAUAAGAUCAUUGUUGAGGAGGACGAGGAGGAUACACUGAGCAUGGAUAGGUUUUAUUGAAGAGAUUUCAACGAGACACAAAAGGCACAAACACAAAACAUUUUCUUGAGAGUAAUAUACCGGAAAGAUGAACAAAGAAAUAUAAUGUUGCACAAUACGUUUAAUUGAUUCGAUAUCUUUCCUUAAAUCUAGAUGGAUGCUGGAAGCGAUGAAAAUCAUAUAAAUUUAAAUCAAACUUAUUUAUUUCAGUGCCAAAAAUGAAAGUUCAAGAAAAAAUAUGAGUAAUACACAUACACACACACACACAUUUGUAUAUUUCCACUUUGGUAUUGGGACUUGACGGAAUAAUACACUUACAUAAUUGAAAAAGGAUAGCACAAUGCUAAGUGCAGCCUUAUGUGUCUUAAAUACUAACUAAAGCUAAGUGUAAUGAGAUUUUAUUUAAAGAGGGCAAAUGUUUAAGUAUAGUGAAUUUAAAUAAAAUCUAAGCUUAAGAUUUAUGUACACCCAAACGACAGAAAAUCAUUUGUUAAAGCAUUUUACCACGAAGGAAAUAUACAAUACUUCAAGGCAGAGCCAUAGGCAUUGGGAACGGCGAAAAAGGUGGGGCGGUGGGGUGUGCAGGGCUUGACAUAUAGUGAUUUGGGUGGGAGUCAUUGUAGUUACGGUUAACCGUAUAUAUUUUAUGCAUACGAUAAACUAAUUAGUAAGUGGCAGCUUUAAUAAUUUAGUGAAAAAAAACAGUACUUAUAAUAACUAAGUAAAGGCAGACAACAGGCAAACACACACACCCACACACAAAAACACAUGUACACAGCAUCUAAUAUGAUAUCGAUUGAAAUCUCUUUAAUAAAACCAUCUAUGCUCAAGCUAUACACAAUUUACUUCAAACUCCUUGAAUAAAACUUUUGAAAUAUAUCCCCUUUACUGAGUACCCUCCAUAAUUAUGCUUAUCUUAACAUGAAGUCCUAUAUUACAUUUAAUUUUCACCUCUAAGUAUAACUCUACUCCUUACGAUUUCUUCUUUGGCUAAUCCUAAAUCUUACAUCACAUCAAUAUAAUUUAAUUUCUACCUAGUUAGUUGCUUCAGUAGAGCAAUUACUACUACCAGUGCCUUAACAAAACAAAAACAUACAACAAAAGCUAUCAAAAUGGGUAACACCCACAGAAAACACGUUUUUAUUCUCCUGGGCCUCAAUGUAGUCUACAAUAGAGAUUUAGAUUGAUGAAAAGCUUAUUACGUUUUGCGCCUGUGUAUGAUUCAAUCAUUUAAAACAUUAAACAAUACGGAGAAACUAUUGUAAGUAUGAUAAUGAUCUGGUCCAUUCCAAAACGAGCACUCCUUUUACAAUUCCAACCACCUGUCAGAAUUGAUCCAACGGUUUUUCAAAGUUUACAAAAAAAAAAAAAAAAAAAAUAACAUGAAAACGCACUGAAUUCAAAUCGAUCGCAACUUUCGAAUAUGAAGAGAGUUGGCUGUUGUUCCCCAACUCUCUGCACUUCCAGCGCUUAGACUGAGCGCUUCUAAAAAGUUACUUCCACACCUUAUCCAUAAUCAUUCAGGCUAACUACGUAGUAUAUGAGCUUUGUUCGAAUCGGCCUCGCAAUAGAAAGAGAUUGACCUCACGAUUGGUUGAUCACUGCACUCCCUAAAUACGUAGCUUAAGUAAUUGGUAUUUUGGAAGUUCUCGAUUGAUGGACCGAUGUUUAAGCACAAUUUCACCUUAUCAAUUAAAACAUUUUUAAAAAAUUUGCAGCAUUUUCGAGUGAUGUGAUACUUUUCAAUUUUCGAAAAUUUUGCAGAAUGUGCAUUGCAAACAUCGGUACUUCAGGCGAUGAUCUUUGGAAAACUAAAAGCAGCUAUCAGUCCAAGGGUAUAAGAAAAGAAUAGAAAGAAACAUUUUGGAGAGGACAGUAGAAAGAAACGUUGUGAAAUUUGUGAGCGUGGCGAAUAAUAAUUAAUAAUAAUAUUAUCAAUAUUACCCCGAAAACUAAAAUUUUGAUAUAGAAAUGUAUUAAACAUGGUUGCAAGAAUUGCGAAAAAUUGUUAAGUGUUCAAUCCAUAUAAAACUAGUAGGCAAAUUUGCAUAUGUAUAAAUGAAUAUACAAAUGGGGAAGACUAUGUAAAUGCGAAAAAGGAGAAACACAAAACCAUGAAUAUAUAACUUCUGGAUUUUUUAAUUUACCCAUCUAGUAUCGAGCAAAUCAGAAGUAUAAAAAAAAUUGAAAAAUUUCCUUCAUACAUAGAGAAAGAUAUACAUGCAUAUGUAUAUGAAAAGGAGACUAGAGAAAAGUAGAACAUCCGAAUUAUGCUCAUUUGCAUUUUGCGCAGCUUAGAAAUAAUACCAAUACAAGUACAGAUACAUGAAGACAUUCAUAAACACGUACAUAAAUACUACAUAAUUAAUAGACCUGCACUUUGAAACAUUUUGUAUCACUUGGAAAGGGGAUUCAACCCCGAUGCUACGACUGCGGAUUUGAUUGCGGGAGACAUAUAUAUAUAAAAAUAAUGAAAUAAUGAUAAUGCAAUGAUACGCAGGCAUUUCUUGUAUAAAGUGGCUACAAAUUUAUUUAUUAGCUAUCAUAAAAUAUAUUGAACAUUACUUUUUAAUACUAGCUUAACGUUGAAAGCAAAUACGAUGGGGAAAGAGUCAAGCAAAAACCAAUACAAAAACCAAAAAGAAAAUUUACGAGAAAUAAACAAUAAAAUAUAUACAUUUACCAAGUAUGAAUAGUAUAAUAUAUGUAUGUAAAAUAUACAAAUAUACUCAUAUGAAUACAUGUAUGAACCGUAUUGAAUUCGAUUCACAGAACUGGUAACACAAUAAAAUAAAAUAUGAAUAUAAAUAUAAAUAAAUGUAAAUGUAUCCUGCUAUAAUUAACAAAAUUUAAAUAAAACCAACUGUCAAGUGGAGAUAACUUUACAAUAGCAAACUAAUAUGAAUAAUGUUAAAUACUAUCUACAAUGCAAACAAUAAGAAAUUAUAAUAAAAAUUGUAUUAUAAUACGAAAGUUGUUGAAAGUUUGAGCAACUUUUCGAAUUAUAGAGUAAAAAUCAUUUAUUUUGAAUAAAGCAAUUAUUUCGAUCCAAUCCAAAAUAAAAAUUGAUCAAAAAUAAUAAAGAAUAAAUAGCAACAAGAACAAAAAUGUAUUUAAAUUUGUUGACAAACUAACAUACACUUAUACACACAAACACACACACAAGCAAUUUUAUAGUGGAAUACCCAUAAUUAUUUGGGGCUUUUACAUACACUUUAAAUACAAAACACAAAUUAAAAUUUACUAUGUAAAAGACUCCUUCUUAUUUUUAAGCCACUUUACUUAAUGCAAUUUUUUUUAUAUCAACAAUAUAUGUGAAAGUUUAUAAACGAAGAACAAAAAGAAACAACAAAUACUUAAGCACGCCUGAGAUUCCGCAUUCAAAAAUUCUAAUUCAAAUUAUUAUUAAAACGCAAAAUGGGUGAAAGAAUUACCAAAACCAAAAUCAGAAUAUAAAUACUAUUUGUGCAAAUAUCAAUCCAAAUUUAUAUAAAAUAUUUUUUACGUACAUAUGUAUAUUGUAAAAUCUGGUAAAAUUACCAUAAUCGUAUGUAAAUAGUUAAAGACACAUUUUAUAAACGUUCGGUUCUUCAUUUUCAGAAAGGGUACAACAAUUGCAAAUGACCAUUUCUGCCCUGGGGUUUGAGUAUUUUCAGUUAAUUAUUGUUUGAUAAGUUUCGAUAACUUUAUUUAAAAUAUGAUAAACACAAAUACGAGUAUGUAGUUAAAUGAGCGCUAAAUUGCGAAUAAAACCAAUUAAAACAAAUAAAAAACAAA